AAGUAGUAAGAGAUAAUGCCGAAAACGGCGUCGCUGUGGUCCUAAACCGGGGUUGUUGUCGUGUCCAUGACGGAGCAGAAAAAGGGUGUGUGAGAAAACCGACAGCAUAGAGUAGUGGAAUGAUAACGAAAACGAAAAAACAAACAGCGUCAUCUCCUUCUUCUUGUUCACUCUCUCAUUCGUUGGAUCCAUCCAUCCCUUCAUUCACCUUCAUCCGUGAUCUGCCGGUUUCUUCCUUGAAAGUAUGAAGAAAGAAUAGAUAAACGAUGGCAGGAGCAGAAGCGAGGGCUCUGUGGCAAAGAACUGCAAAUCGUUGCUUUGUCCAAGAAGAUGCGAAGAGAGCUCCCAAGUUGGCUUGUUGCCAAUCUUCAUGUGCAACAUCAAAAUUGGUUGAUAUGGAGCUUGACAGUACAGCAGAUGAAUCUGAUCAUACUACAGUUAACGUGACGCAAUUUAACAGGAAAUCAUCAGUUUCUAAUUUAUCAUCAGACUCUAGGUGGUGGUUGCAUUUGCAACCUAAUUAUGGGUGUCAAAAGGGUCUAACAUAUGAACAGUUAAAUGCAUUAGAUGAAGAGGUCGAAACUUUGAUAGCUAGUGAUGUAAGUAAGAAUUCUCAAGAAUUUCAGGAAUUAAUGAAUGUGAUGGCAAAACAUGAGAUAGUGGACGUUGAAUGUGUUGGCUGCUCAGAAUCCUCCAUGAAAAGUAAUGAAUUUUCAUUGGAAUCAGAUUAUUCUUGGAUUGAAAGUGAUACAGCCGAACCAUGGUGGCGGACUACAGAUAGGGAUGAAUUAGCUUCAUUUGUUUCGCAUAAAUCACUCAACCACAUUGAAAAUUGUGAUCUUCCCCCACAACAAAAGAAGCAUCUUAGAGGAUACCCAUGUGCACGCAUGAACAAUUGCAAAACAAGGACGGGAAAUUUAGAUUCAGCAUUGAUGCAUAAGAACCAGUGGCCUUCUGCCCGUGAAGGGCUUUUAUAUUUUGCUUCUGAUAAAUGUUCAAGUGAUACCCCCAAGCAUGAGGAUGUCAAAAGGAGUGAACAUAUUUUCGAUGAAAAUCCCAGCAAAGCUCAACUAAUGGAAGCAUUGUGUCACUCUCAAACACGUGCAAGGGAAGCAGAGGAAGCAGCAAAAAAGGCAUACGCAGAGAAAGAGCAUAUUGUUACUCUCAUUUUUAAACAGGCCUCACAACUUUUUGCCUAUAAGCAAUGGUUACAACUGUUGCAGCUGGAAACACUUUACAGUCAGAUUAAGAACAAGGAUCAGCCAAUCUCUACUCUCUUUCCAGUGGCUCUUCCAUGGAUGUCCUAUGAAGGUAGAAUCUCACGAAAGAGGAAACAAAAAAUAUCCAAUCCCAAACAAGAAAGGCAAGUCAAUGCAAAGUGUGAUAUUACAACAUAUGUUGUUGCCUUUGCUUUAGGAUUGAGUCUUGUAGGAGCUGGCUUGCUUUUAGGAUGGACAAUGGGUUGGAUGUUGCCUCGUUCAUAGUUCUGUAAGAUUUGAUCGCAGCCCUGCUUGUCAUAUAAAUUGAUGAACAAAGGGAACUUGGUUAAGAGGGAAUGUGGCUACAAUCAUUUUACCGGAUAUGUAUGUAAUGUUGUAGAUUUGUUGAUGCUUCUUCUAUUGUAAAUUCUAAGUUGUGCUUUGGUAUUGGAUCUGUUGUGUUGAUGAGAUAAUGUACAUAAAUCUUUGUGUAGAUAAUGUGAAAGAGCUUUUUUCUUUA